UACUGCCGUUACUGCCGUUCGUGCCGUCGUAUCGUUCGUGCCGUGUUCAGUGUGUUGUUAGCUGUGAGGUGCUUUCUUGUUGCGACACGUUUAGAGAAACUGCUGAGCGCUGUUUAAAUAGAGCGGUAGAAUUAUGAGAAUUCAAGGAGCUACUGUGGUUCUCACCUCUGCCGUGGUUCAUCUAUGAAAACAAAUCUAGAACCCGGAAGCGCCAUGCAUGAGUUAGACACCGCAGAGAAGAUAUGCCUGGCAAAAAAUCGGGACGCCAUAGUGGCAGAUGUGGAGGCCAAGUUCGUGCUUCCCCACAUUGAAGAAUCUGGCAUCUUCACGAAGGAAGAGUGCGAGGAUAUCCUGAGACAGGAUUCUGUUGAAAACAGAGUUAGAAGACUCCUUGAUGCCUUGAGUGGCAAGGGUGAAGCUGGCUACAAUGUGUUCAUCGAUGCCUUGGAACGAGACAAUGCCUAUGUGUGGAUUGCACAGAAGCUUCGAAUGGAGCACAGUGCCAUUAGGCAGGAGAAUGUCGAGGUGCACAAGGCACUUCAGAAUGGUGGAGUGCCGUUUCGCCCCGUGCAUCUGGUGAAGCGAGGAGGGACUGUGCUGAAGAUCAGAGAAGCAUUGUGGUCUCUGUCCCACAGUGAUCACCGUACCAAUGGAUCUGUGCUUCUGCAUGGCAUGAUAGGCUGUGGCAAGUCGAUCCUGGCCGCAGAGGCUUUGAGGGACUAUAAGCUGCUGCGGGAAUGCUUCCCGGAUGGAGUCCACUGGAUACAAAUGGGCAAACUGCGUGAGCCGAGCGACGUGCUGCACAAGAUGCAUCUUCAGCUCGACCGCCUGAACUACGACUCGCACAAGGACGUUGGCACUGUCGAAAUGGCGACCUGUCGGCUGAAGCGUUGGAGUCUGAAAUACCCCAGAGCCUUGCUGGUGCUCGACGAUGUGUGGUCCCCUCAAGUUGUGGAGGCAUUUUCUGUAGGCGUCCCUCUGCUGGUGACUACACGCGACGACUCUGUUGUGAAUGACAUACACAUGUACAAGCACUCCAUUCAAAUCGACGAAGGGCUCACCCUUGACGAAACUCGGCAACUUUUUGCAAGCAUCCUGAAAAUGCCUGAGCAAGAGCUGCCUCUAGAGGUUGAGGAGAUAUGGGCUACCCACCGAGGGCUGCCCCUCUUGAUGGCCAAUAUUGCAGCUGUGCUGCGUCCCAAUGCUAGGCAGCCCGAGAAAUGGAGGCCGUACAUUGAAGAUGCACGUGGGAAGGGUCGAGUGAGGCAUGGUUCAGGCAGCAGCUACGAUGCAGCUUUGGAGCUCAUCGUCAAUAGCCUAGACUCUGAACAGCUCGGAUACUUCGAAAGCUUUGCUCUCUUUCUUGAAGACGUUGACAUCCCCAGUUUGGUGUUUGAGGUGCUGUGGGACAUGGAUGCCGCCAAUGUCGAGCACGCCAUGCAUGGCUUAGUGCAGAAGUCGCUCGUGCGCAUGGAGCCUGUACACAACUCCUACACCUAUGGGAUCCACGAUCUCUACCUCAACUUUCUCAAGAGGAGGGCAACCUCACUAAAGGACCUCCACCGGCAGUUUGCAGAAAAGUUGCUAAAGCGCUGGGAGCCUUGGAAAAUGCCUUGUGCCCGUGGCUACUUCUAUUGGUACCUGGGCUACCAUUUGGAUGAGGCUGGAAUGCAUGAAGAGUUUCGGGACAUCUUCCUUGACCUGCGCUUUGUCGACAGCAAAGUACGGUGCAACUGUCCUAGUGACCUGGUGACUGACUUGCACCGCUAUAAGCACCACUUCCUUUGUGACCUACAGGUUGAGCAAGAAAGGCUGGACAUGCUGCGGUUCUUGCAGCCUAAUGUCCAUUUGCUUUCUGAUCGGGACACGGAUGUCAUCCAGCUGGCAUUGAGUCAACCACGGAGCUCCAGUGUACAUCGGAAGGCACUGGGCAUUGCUAUGAACCAUGCUGCUGAAAAAGACCACCAGACUCCCUACUUCAUGUGGACGAACAUGCCAGAUAACUGGUCCCAGGCUGAAGUCAGAAUGAAAUCUCCAAAUGGCGGUGUGAACCAUGCAGAAUUCAGUCCAGAUGACACCAUCAUCGCCUCGGCUGGAGAUGACCAUGUCGUCAGGCUGUGGCAGAGUCACUCGGGCCAUGAGCUACAAGCUUUGACUGGCCACACACAGGCUGUCAACUACUGCACAUUCAGCCCUGAUGGCCACAUGCUCGCAUCAGCGUCCUCCGACCACCAAGUCUUUCUGUGGAAUGUUGGUGAAGGCGUCCACAGGAUUCCAGCAUCACCAUUGGGUGCAUCACCUAAAUUAGGCCGAUUGGGAGGGCGCCGCUGCUCUUGCUGCUCUAGAACUGCCUCUGUGGAACACAGUGCUGCUGUUCUUUGCUGUGCCUUCUCACCCGAUGGCAAGCUGCUAGCCUCUGGAGACACACGUGGGUUCGUCAAGAUUCACCGUAUCAAAAAGGGCGACCUGGACGGAGAGCUGGUCAAGGCAAUCCCAAAACAGGCGAACGCUGUUCGUAGCUGUUGUUUCACGAGCGACUCUCGUCGCCUUGUGCUGGCCCUCGAUUCCCAGAAUGUAGUGAUAUGGAAGGUGCCAUCUGAUACUCAGAUAGCUCAAGUAGAGCAGCCAGAAAGGCCGCAAGUUCUUGAACACGCAGACAGUGCUGUUGUGGAUUGCUGCCUUUCGCACGUCUUCAGGGGCACUCUCGGUGCCACCCAGCAGGUUAUUUCAGCUGCUGGUCAGCACAUUUGGUCCUGGGACCUGCGCAACCCAUCAGCAGACAGCGCCAGGCUCUACAAUGGCUUCUGGAUGAGCUACAACUUGACAUGCUGUGCAGUCUCUCCCGACAAAAGACUGAUUGCAGCUGGGACAUCGCUGCGUGCCAUCUUGCUCUGGAACACAGACACUGGAGCAGCCCUGGGCAGCUUCAAAGGGGAUGCUGAAGAUGUGAAGUCUGUUCGCUUCUCCCACAAUGGCAGCCAGCUGGUGUCCGCCUCAUCGGAUGGCACGGUCGUGGUUUGGGACGUGGGCAACUACCGCAGAUGCUCCCGGGUGGCACUCAUGCCAAUACUUGCCGUAGCCUUUGAGAAUCAGGGUCCCCUGGUGGCCACUUUCGACGAAAGUGGGAUGAUACAGGUUUCAUCGGGGCUUGAGGCAAAGCAGGAAUUCAGGCAUGCACUGGCUGACCCCGAGAGCAAAUGCUGUGAAGAAGUGACGUGCUGCUGCUUCUCUCAUGACAGAACGACUGUCAUCUUUGGCACCAAGAAUGGCCACGUCAGUCUGUUUCGUUUGGACACAAAGGAGUGUAAGGCUUUGGGAAACCAUGAUGACAGCAUCACAUCACUAAUGGCUUGGCCAGAGGGUCUAGCCAUUUCAGGCUCCCUGGAUUCAACGGUGAAGCUCUGGCACAAGGAUGGUUCUCACAGCACGCUCGUUGGCCAUCGUGGCCGAAUCACCGCGCCAUGCCGCCUGUUUGGAGACAACCUCAAGCUUUUGUCCUCGUCGGACAAGGGCGAGCUCAUGGUCUGGAACUUGAACCACUUCAACCAGCCAUGUAUGCAGAUUAGGGCUCACAGUGGAGACUCAGUCUUGUGCUGUGAUAUUUCAUCUGAUGGACAGCGGCUCCUCUCUGGAUCUGCUAACAAAACCAUUCAGUUGUGGAAUGCUGAAACGGGUAGGCUGCUGAGUGAGAAGACACUUGACGCAUGUGUUCGCUGCUGCCGGUUCAGCCCAGAUCCCAGAAUUGUCGCUGUAGCAGCUGGCACUGAUGAGGGAUCUGUCUAUGUCUACCUCUUGGAAGAGGACUUGCUCCAGAAGGUUGGCGAGCACAAGCUUUGGGUCUACGACCUGGCCUUUUCCCCCGACGGCCGGCAGCUUGCGUCACUCUCGGAGUCCAUCUGCUGGUGGUCCCUGGACUCCCUGGAGUUUGCAUCGGCGCUGAGUUCGUUGGACGACGGAAGCGUGGCCUCCUUAGAGUCGCUGUCUCAGCCCUCCUGUCGUCGUCAACUGCAGAGGUUCCAGCUGCAGAGCUCCAAGGCCGUGGCCCUGUUUGCCUCACCAGACUUCAAAACAUUUGUUACAAUUGAUGACUCGGGGAUCUUGUAUGUACUUGACAAAUUGGGUGCUGCUCAAGCGAGUGAGAGGUGACUAGCAUAUUUUUUCAUGGUUCUUGUUUUUGUUUGCUGUUUUAUUUUUCCUAUAGUUGCACUGUGAAAGUGGGUGAAAGUGACGUGCGCACAAGCGCUACUACUCCACGCGCCUGUCUGCAUCGAGUGCUUUCGCCCGUAUCCACUUUCAUGUUUCAGCUCGGUGGCAAAAGCAAUCGGGAAUGUUCCUGAGGUGAAAUUCUCCCGCUGUAGUUCUGGCCAAGUCGUCGCUGACAGAUCAGCGAGGCCAGUACCAGUAGUCAGCUUUUGAAUUCACCCAUUUGAAUUCUUCGGAAGUGCAGAAAGCGUGCCAGCUUCUGCCUUAAGCAUGUGCCUCUUCUGCACGGUGACUACGUGUGAUAAAGUCAGUGUUGAACUGUGACUUAAUUUUAAAGAUAUGGCUUUUUUGACUGAAGAGGAAGGAGUGUCUUGCCAUCUUCACUGUUCUGGGGCCAUAGCCUUGUGUUGCUUGGCUGACAUUGCCAUAUUUUUAAUCAAUUAAGACAGCACUGUUUGUGCAUCUUUUACGGUGUGGCAGGUUAAAAUGAAUUCGAGUAAGGAAAAGAACAGCUGAUUCAGUUGUAGAUGAAUUGAGUCAUGGCUCGGCAGCACCAAAUCAUGCCAUGAGAAACUGGUUUGGGGUGCCUUUGGGCAUUGAGCACUUUGGUGCUGUUCGCAUAUGUCGUACUCUGCCUCUACACUAAAGCAGCCAUUCUGCUGCGAGAUUUUCUCUGCGGUCGCUCAACCACUUUGCUAUUUGUUAGCACACAGUUGUCCCGACUAACCGUGCCAUAUGAACUGUGGUGAUAUCUUGUAUGACUCUUGGCACACCAGUUGUGCUGCAAACUAUAGCCCAAAAAUAGCCCAAGAAUUGAUCUCUUAUUUGAUGCUUUCGCUGUUCAAAGUUUUUGCAGCAUCUUUCAUCUUGCCAGAGCCUGGCAUUCAUCUGCAUAAGGCAAAUAGGAUAGGAAAUUUUUUUAUUUGCAAUUGUACUCUUUUCUUGGGGGGUUUUUCAUUUUCGCUGCCCCAUCAUAUCUUUCAAGUUUCGAACCUCUCGUGACUGAAGGAGCUGGAGUUUGCGAGAGAGGAUAAAAUUUGUCUCGCAUUAAAAAGAGUGCAAGGAUGACUCAGCAGCCGGUAUUCAGCAGUGAUCACACGUGCAGCAAUUUCAUUUAUUUUCACAAAAAGCUGUUCAAAGCUGCAUGAUGUUAGACUAGCAGGUCAGAGUACGUGGCUGGCAGUAGCUGCAGAACAGUUUCAAUAUGGUCACUUGACUUAUGAAUCGAGUCGCAUGAAGAUGCACUAGCCUACCACUUAUGACAUUCCCUGGACACGUGUUGCUAGUGAUAAAUUAAGCAAUUUAGCAAUCCUCACUUUUGUUGUAGUGUCUGGUAUAGAGUAAAAAAAAAAGCUGGGUUGUCACUGAUAGUCAGAAGACACAAUAAUGUGCUCUCACACCAACCAGCUAGAUGUAGUGCUGCCACAUGCAGUUGUUCUCAGAUCCUGAAGUGAGUGAGCAUGUUAUUUAAGUUUUACACUUCUUCAGUCCAUUGCUGGCUGCUUACUGACCUAUUUUUCUUGUAUUGAGCUUUGCUCAUUGGCUGUUGGGAGAGCUGUGUUUCACUUCUGUGUCAUGCUGCGCGCUUGGGCAGCCUAAAAUCGAGCACAACUGACAUAAUAGUAGCACCAGUGGCCUUUUUACCUGUCAGUACAAAGCACAGCUGAUGAACUGGUGCAAAACACCAAUGUAAUCAGUGUGAGUGGUUUUAUAAUGCCACAAAAAUUUUUCAUUGGCAAUGUCACUGCCAGAACCAUUGUUACAUAAACCAGUGAAAGGGAUGCUUCCCAACCUUGCCCAGGGCAUGACAUGUGCAUAUCUGCCUGUCCCCGGUACAUCGCUAUGCGAAGGUUUUGAAGUUGCAAGAAAGUUUGCAACACUUUUUUUCUAGGAACAUAGCUGUACUCCUUUUCCAGCAUCUAAAUAUUUGCUCAAGUACAUCACUGAUCGCUUAAGCUUGCCCAUAUUUUAGCUUUCCCUUUUUUUUCUCCCCCCUCCCCCCACUGUCUCUAGACUAUGAAACAACAUCCCCUCGAUGGUAGGAAUGGCACAUGGUGUUGGCUUGUUCAUCACCAUCAACUUAAUGUUUUCUCAUUAAAUGAAACAUUAAGUGAUUCUAGUGGAGUAGUUUAGUAAUACUGGAGGAAUCAACUAUUUUUAGUGUCCCAUUAAAGUUAACAAAUAUCGCUUUAAAAAAUGCACGGUAGUUUGGCUCCAUUUACGGCACUUGCAUCUUGCAGCAUAAGUACAUUGUGAAGGAAGAAUACAUUGCUCUCACUUUAACUUUUGAGAUUUGUUGCACGGUAUGAGCUAUGUAAUAUUUGAUUCAUGCUUUCGUUUUGUCUUUUUGUCUAUGGUGCACGUCCCCUUCCUUUUUAAUAUAUGUAUAUACUUUCAUACAAACCAUUUAUUUACCAUGUGCUUUCGAAAGUUUUUAUUGCAUUUGCUGUAGUGAGAGGUAGCAUCUUGUUGAGAGUUACCAUUGCGUACCGUGCCCCGUGAUCACACGUUUCUUGUGUGCAGUGGCCAUGUGUCUUCAUUUAUACUUUUUAGACACAUGCAUCCAAACAUCUUUCUUCCUUGCACCAUGUAGAUUGCAAAGUGCCUAUUUUUGGAUCCAUGAAAUGGGCACUGUUUAUUAUAUUAAUCAUUAUCAUAAUGCCAUGUAGUAGUUCGUGCUUUUGUCCAUGUGACAUGGUCCAAAGCCACGUUAUGAAGAUUAGCAUUGCAGGCCCAUUGAGCUUUAAUUUGCAGUUUGCAAUAUGUAUAUAUACUAGUUCCGUGCUGCUCUUUCCUCCCGUAUUGUUCUAAAAUCAUUUGUUCGAUCUAUGCUUUACACUGCCGUGAACCUUCAAGGCCUUUUACCUUCACUGCUCUCAUUUCAGUGUAAAUUUAGCCACACACAUUUUUAAUUGCCUUUUUUUUUAUUUUAUUGAGAAAUGACGUUGCUUCUGUGCUGUAUGCUUGCACUUUUCUUUUUCUUCAACUUAUAAAACAUAAAAAAAUACCAAGCAUUAUUACACUGAAGAUUCACUGCAAUGCAUGGUGUUUUCUCAUGUAUGGUUAAAAGUGUUCAGAACUAAAGUUAUCUCACAAGACAGUACUUUGAUAUUUGUUGUGAAGUUCUGGAAUACCUUUUUCCAUUCUUGCCAAACAUUUGUAGCGCAGGUUGUUCCUGCUUUUUGUUCCAACAUUGCUAUGCAGUGUGUGCUUAUGAGCUUCGACAACAUUAAUUCCCUUGCCCAACACCUUCAUGUUCGUGGAUUUGAAUGCAUAAUGUGAUUGCUUUGUUUUUAAACUCUGUGGCUUUGCGAAAACAGGCUGGACUUUACUGAUGAUGCUAAUUCACGUCCUGCAACGCAGGCAUUUAAUUUUUUACAAUUAUGCUCAUUGAGUUCAAAAUAUCUUCGUUUUUUACUAUAAAGAUUCAUAGAAUGGGUUCUGUCACCAUCAUGAUGUCCGUGAAGACAUUGCAAAGAAUUUUCUGCUGGGGCUUUGUGUGUGUGUUUUCAUCAGGAAUGUUCCUCGUCAAACAAAUUUUACACAUAGCUUGCUGGAAGGCUGCUGUGUCUCAAAAAUUUUUUUCAUGCUCUCCACGUUUAUCUUAAUGAAUCACGAGGCCAAUUUUUAUCUUUUUUCGUGUGAACUGCCAAGGUUUUGGAUGUUUGCCAGCCUCGUAUUAUUUCACAACAAAGGAAGCUGACC